GAAGUAGACGGGUAACACCUAUGAUAUUUUUAUCAUCAUUAAUAUUAAUUAUUACUGUUUCACCACGGUGAGUUAUCAUUCAAAUUCUUUAACUUUUUAAAACUUUAUAAGCCGUGUUUUCCUUAUUUGUUUAGAUAUCUCUUACAAUUUUAUUUAAAUAUUCAAAAUCCUCAUUUACCAUGUAUUCAUUUAUUAAUUCAUUUAUUAAAAACAUUAGAAAUAUGUAAUUAUGCAUUUAAUGUAUUUAUAAGUGUUGUCGCUGGAAAACAAGCUCGUAAUGAAUUAUCAAAAAUGUUAUAUAAUAGUCUGAUAAAGCGUUUGUCUUGUCUCGUUUUCCGGCGACGAACUACUACUAUUAAAUCGGGACAAGAUUCUCAAAAAAAUCGACAUGGUGAACAACAUGAACAUUUUUUAGCUUCAUUUUCAUCUGACGAAAGAGAGAAAAAAUGA